AUGUCAUGCUCAGUAGAUGAGUUGCUAGCGGAUAUAGAACAGCAGUACCAGAACGUGAGCGCUCCGCAAUUUACUCCCGGCUAUGCUGCUGAAAAUGCAAGCCCUUCCAAUACCAUUUCUAAUGCCCAGCCUCCUUGUCCGAACCUGUUCCACGAGGGCGCCACUCACUCCGACUGGGAUCUCUUCAAUAAUUUAUCAACGGCCGCCAAUACUCCAGACUUCUCUGCGCCAUCGGCGGCGCCAGGUUUGGGGCCUGCUUUGCCUCCAAAGCAGCAUGUCGCCCAAAUUACAUUUGUUCCUUCGGCAGAUGGUCUUAAGCCUCUGGUGACUCGCAAACGCAAACGCACCGCGUUCUCCACCGAGCAGGCCAUGGCGCUGGAACAGCUGUUCCAGGCGCAGCAGUUCGUGACCAAGGAGGAGCGGUGCGCGCUGGAGCAGCGGCUGGGGGUCAAUGAGCAGGCUAUUAAGGUCUGGUUCCAAAACCGCCGCCUGCGUUUCAAGAAAGAAACGGAGGAGGUGGCAUUGGAACCAGCUCCAAAAGACAACAUCUUCGCCCACACGGAGUGGCUCAUGGGACGUGCGGGCGAAGAUGGGAGGGGCACCCAAGAUGGGAUGGUAACACUUGACCAGCUGGCAAUAAGCGAGCUGGUCAGCGCGAUCGACAAGUGCCUGCCAAAAGAUCUGGACUUGUCCACCUUGUCCGAGUCUCAAAAGCCUGUGCCGUUUGUCGACCUUACCGACAGCGACUCGGACUUUUACGAGCCGAUCUCUCCACCAGAGGUUGGCGCGUCAAAUAGUUCGAGUUGCCUGCAGUAUGAUUGGCAAACGGAACCAAUUGAUCCCAAGCAAUCUUUGCAAAGAUUGUUUGAUGUACAUAGUAAAUUUUAA